CCGAGCAAAGGGAAUGAUUAGAAGGAGAAGGAGAUAAAGCGUUUUGAUAGCUUACAGAAGGGAAAAAUGGCUUCACUUUCAUCUUUGUCAGCAGGUUCCUCUUUCUACGACAUAUGCACCCUUGCCGCUGGGCUUGCCGGAAACCUGUCUGCUUUUGUGCUCUUUGUGUCUCCGAUACCAACAUUCAGAAGAAUUGUUAGAAACAAAUCGGCGGAGCAGUUCUCAGGCCUUCCCUACCUGUAUUCCCUUUUGAACUGCUUAAUCUGCAUCUGGUAUGGACUGCCUAUUGUUUCUUAUGGCGUGAUCUUGGUGGCAACGGUCAACUCCAUUGGAGCCAUUUUCCAACUGGUUUAUAUCAGCAUUUUUAUAAUAUUUGCUGAUAAUGCUAAGAAACUUAAAAUGUGUGGAAUGCUGAUUGGAGUUUUUGCCAUUUUUGGUCUGAUAAUCUUUCUUAGCCUUGAGCUGUUUGAUCAUCAAAACCGGCAGAUUUUCGUUGGAUAUAUCAAUGUUGGCUCGCUUAUUUCCAUGUUUGCUUCACCCUUAUUCAUCAUAAAUUUGGUGAUAAAGACGAAAAGCGUGGAGUUCAUGCCGUUUCAUCUCUCUUUUGCAACAUUCCUUACGAGCAUUUCAUUCUUUUCUUAUGGCAUGUUGCUGCAUGACUUCUUCAUUUAUAUACCAAAUGGUAUUGGAUCAGUGUUGGGGAUCACACAACUUCUGCUUUAUGGAUACUAUAGAGAGAAAUCAAGAGAAGACUAUACACUGCCUUUAUUUAUCUCAUGAAUGACUGGGCAAUACUUGCAUGUGUUUCAGUUGUAGGUAUUUGCAGUAUAUUGCUUAAUUUUUUUAAUGAUUUUCUAAAGAUAAGUGUUGGAAAAGUUUUGGGAAUUUCUGUCAUUUGUUCAUAAUCUUUGUGUCAGAUUGUAUGAUGCAUUGUGAUCUUUGAUUUGUAUUAAAUAAGGCAUGAGUUGGAAGCAAUAAGA